CAAUCAAAUAUUAGAAUAUUAGAACAAUUUAUUGUUUCAUAUUUACGAUCAAUCAAAUUGCAUGGACAAGAAUAUUUCAUAACUUUGCUAGAAGUUUUCAUACUUCGAGAUUGUCCACAACAGUCGAAUAAUAGACUAUUGCCAAUUGUUUACCUUAUUCAAAAAGAUUCAAUGUUUGAAGUUAGUUUAAUCUUGAAAACUUAG